AUGGCUGGAUGUGACAGCAACUCUUCUGCGACGUCUCUAGAGGAUCAAUCAGAGGAAUUCGAGGAGAACCCAACUAGAGACACUUUAACAGAGGUUGAAAAAACUCGUGAGGCUCAAGCCGAGUUGAAGGAUCAGAUUGAAGCACUUGCUGCUGAACUCAAGAAUAUAUCUGAUCAACAAUCCUGUCCUGUUGAUUUAGAAAGUUACAUCAGUAAGCUGAACAUCAGUAAGAAGAGAGUUGUAGUUGUUCAGAAUAUUCUUAGUUCUGCUCAGGACAGACUAAACAAGGUUCACCAAAACUGUCUCAAGUAA